CUCUGAUGCUGACCCGCUGUCCGGCGGGCACGGAUGGUCUCCACAUAUACCCCUACGAUGCUGGGAAGUUUGUUCGCUGUGCAGCUGGAGGCGAGAUGUCCAUAUUGAGUUGUGGAGAGGAUAAGGCGUAUAGCUUCACUCAACGGGCUUGUCGACCGCGUAGACAAGUGACCCGAGCGGAACGCGUCAAGUUUUUUUCGGAGCUCAGCUUUCAAGGAGGCAGCUACAGUUACACGGAUAGUCAGAUCUUCCAGUCAGGACUAAAGUCCUGUCCACCCAAUCUGCGCGGCAAAUACGCCUAUCCAUUCCAUGCCGGCCACUUUGUGCUGUGUCAGAAUGGUCUGCUGCAGGUGGAGUCCUGCCCAGCGGGAUCUGUUUACAGUCUAUCCACGCGCAGGUGCGCGGCUCGCCAGCAGCUCUCGUCACAUGACUUUUUGGACUAUGCCUAUCUAAAUAUUCAGCUCUCGACUGACCUUUUGCUAGACCUUACCACUGUCACCUGUCCCGCAAAUGCACUUGGAUACUAUUUGCAUCCCUUUGAUUGCACCAAGCACUUAAACUGUCGCGAUCAACAGACCUCCAUUGAGAGCUGUGAAAAGGGGGAGGUCUUCAGCAUAUCCCAACGACGUUGCGUGGCCAGGGAUGAAUUGGUGGCCGCAUACGAUCGGGUGGAGUAUCUAACAGAGACUCAGCAUGAGUUCUUCCAAGAACACGCAGUGACUGAGGGUCGUCAGUUGCAGUCUAAGGCACAAAAUCCGCAAGGAGAAGCUACUUGCCCUCCAGGCGCUAGUGGCCUUCACAGGCAUCCCUACGAUUGCACCAAGUUCCUGAAUUGCGCGAAUGGGCAAACUUUUAUUCAGGACUGUGGACCUGGAACAGCCUUUAGCGCAUCGCUAUUGGUCUGUGACUUCAAAGAAAAGGUGGACUGCGGCGAGGGUCGCUCGUAUACGGGCGAAGGCAAGAUAACUUACAGUGGUUCUAGCGGUCAGGUCAGCGGCGGCUCACCUACGGGCUAUCAAGGCGGAUCAUCAGUUGAUGUAAAUGGAUCGUUUAACGGAGCUAGUUGCCCGGAAGGAGCUCGCGGCUUAUUUCCGUAUCCCAAGGAUCCUCACAAGUAUAUCAAAUGUGGAAUUGGUGUGCAGCCCCGUCUUGAGCAAUGCCCGUCGGGUGAGGUAUUCGAUGGCCUCAGUUUAAAUUGUGUUCCCACAGGAACCGUCUCUACCCAAACUGAUUCGUUCUCAGCCGCCCGGCUGAGUGAUCUACUCUGUCCCGGAGGCGUCGAAGGUCUGUUUGUUCAUCCCUUCGAUCAGACCAAGUUCCUCAAUUGUAAGGCUGGCAAAGUGGCUGUCCAGAGCUGUAUUCCUGGCCACGUCUUUAGUAUAUCCAAAGGUUAUUGUCAGCUCAAGGCACAAUCUGUGUAUAGCGACUAUGUGACCUACAUUGUCUCCGAGAUCAGCCACGAAUAUUCUCUGAUGCUGACCCGCUGUCCGGCGGGCACGGAUGGUCUCCACCUAUACCCCUACGAUGCUGGGAAGUAUGUUCGCUGCGAAGCUGGAGGAGAGAUGUCCAUUUUGAGUUGUGGAGAGGAUAAGGCGUAUAGCUUCACUCAACGGGCUUGUCGACCGCGUAGACAAGUGACCCGAGCGGAACGCGUCAAGUUUUUUUCGGAGCUCAGCUUUCAAGGAGGCAGCUACAGUUACACUGAUAGUCAGAUCUUCCAGUCAGGACUAAAGUCCUGUCCACCCAAUCUGCGCGGCAACUACGCCUAUCCAUUCCAUGCCGGCCACUUUGUGCUGUGUCAGAAUGGUCUGCUGCAGGUGGAGUCCUGCCCAGCGGGAUCUGUUUACAGUCUAUCCACGCGCAGGUGCGCGGCUCGCCAGCAGCUCUCGUCACAUGACUUUUUGGACUAUGCCUAUCUAAAUAUUCAGCUCUCGACUGACCUUUUGCUAGACCUUACCACUGUCACCUGUCCCGCAAAUGCACUUGGAUACUAUUUGCAUCCCUUUGAUUGCACCAAGUACUUAAACUGUCGCGAUCAACAGACCUCCAUUGAGAGCUGUGAAAAGGGGGAGGUCUUCAGCAUAUCCCAACGACGUUGCGUGGCCAGGGAUGAAUUGGUGGCCGCAUACGAUCGGGUGGAGUAUCUAACAGAGACUCAGCAUGAGUUCUUCCAAGAACACGCAGUGACUGAGGGUCGUCAGUUGCAGUCUAAGGCACAAAAUCCGCAAGGAGAAGCUACUUGCCCUCCAGGCGCUAGUGGCCUUCACAGUCAUCCCUACGAUUGCACCAAGUUCCUGAAUUGCGCGAAUGGGCAAACUUUUAUUCAGGACUGUGGACCUGGAACAGCCUUUAGCGCAUCGCUAUUGGUCUGUGACUUCAAAGAAAAGGUGGACUGCGGCGAGGGUCGCUCGUAUACGGGCGAAGGCAAGAUAACUUACAGUGGUUCUAGCGGUCAUGUCAGCGGCGGCUCACCUACGGGCCAUCAAGAGGGAUCAUCAGUUGAUGUGAACGGAUCGUUUAACGGAGCUAGUUGCCCGGAAGGAGCUCGCGGCUUAUUUCCGUAUCCCAAGGAUCCUCACAAGUAUAUCAAAUGUGUAAUUGGUGUACAGCCCCGUCUUGAGCAAUGCCGGUCGGGUGAGAUAUUCGAUGGCCUCAGUUUAAAUUGUGUUCCCACAGGAACCCUCUCUACCCAAACUGAUUCGUUCUCUGCCGCCCGGCUGAGUGAUCUACUCUGUCCUGGAGGCGUCGAAGGUCUGUUUGUUCAUCCCUUCGAUCAGACCAAGUUCCUCAAUUGUAAGGCUGGCAAAGUGGCUGUCCAGAGCUGUAUUCCUGGCCACGUCUUUAGUAUAUCCAAAGGUUAUUGUCAGCUCAAGGCACAAUCUGUGUAUAGCGACUAUGUGACCUACAUUGUCUCCGAGAUCAGCCACGAAUAUUCUCUGAUGCUGACCCGCUGUCCGGCGGGCACGGAUGGUCUUCACCUAUACCCCUACGAUGCUGGGAAGUAUGUUCGCUGCGACGCUGGAGGAGAGAUGUCCAUUUUGAGUUGUGGAGAGGAUAUGGCAUAUAGCUUUUCUCAACGGGCUUGUCGACCGCGUAGACAAGUGACCCGAGCGGAACGCGUCAAGUUUUUUUCGGAGCUCAGCUUUCAAGGAGGCAGCUACAGUUACACGGAUAGUCAGGCCUUUCAGUCAGGACUAAAGUCCUGUCCUCCCAAUCUGCGUGGCAACUACGCCUAUCCAUUCCAUGCCGGCCACUUUGUGCUGUGUCAGAAUGGUCUGCUGCAGGUGGAGUCCUGCCCAGCGGAAUCUGUCUAUAGUCUAUCAACGCGCAGGUGCGCGGCUCGCCAGCAGCUCACGUCACAUGACUUUUUGGACUAUGCCUAUCUAAAUAUUCAGCUCUCGACUGACUUUUUGCUAGAUCUUACCACUGUCACCUGUCCCGCAAAUGCACUUGGAUACUAUUUGCAUCCCUUUGAUUGCACCAAGUACUUAAACUGUCGCGAUCAACAGACCUCCAUUGAGAGCUGUGAAAAGGGGGAGGUCUUCAGCAUAUCCCAACGACGUUGCGUGGCCAGGGAUGAAUUGGUGGCCGCAUACGAUCGGGUGGAGUAUCUAACAGAGACUCAGCAUGAGUUAUACCAAGAACACGCAGUGGCUGAGGGUCGAGAGCUACAUUCUGUUAACGGAGUUGUGGAAUGUCCAUCUGGUGUUGGUGGACUUCAACCGCAUCCUUACGACUGCACCAAGUUUCUAAACUGCGCCAAUGGCCAGACAUUUGUUCAGGAUUGUGAAUCCGGUACAGCUUUCAAUAGAUUACGGAGCGUCUGCGAUCACGCCACCCAAGCGAAUUGUGCGGGCAGAACUACGUAUUUAGUUGCGACAGCUGGAUCCAAUCCCAUCACUGUUCCCUCCUAUCGUUUGGCUUGCCCUGACCACGUCUAUGGCCUUUAUGCACAUCCCUUUGAUGCCAAGAGCUAUCUGUAUUGCGAUAAGGGACAUACAACGAUCAGGCAGUGCCUACCCAAUGAGGUUUUUAGUCUCUCGCGUGGCUAUUGCCUGUCAGUGGAGCUCGUUCUGGCUGCAGAUCGCGUGUCCUUGUUAGGCGGCGCAGAGCAGCUUAGCCUGGAGCAGCUGGAGUCUAUAAGUUGUCCACGUGCUACUGUGGGCAAUCACGCCUAUCCCUUUGACUGUACGCAGUACUUGAGCUGUGAGGCGGGCAUCACGCGCCUCCAGAGCUGUCCCCAUGGUCAACACUUUAGCCUGUCGCAGCGCAGAUGUCAACCUCAGGAGCAAGUGCAGCGCAUCGAUCGCGUUUACUUAUUAAGUGAGCUGCAGAUCUUCUACGAGUGGUGGCAGCAGCUUCAGCAUGUGGGAACUGGCGUUAGGAUCAGCUGUCCCUUUGGCUUGACGGGCAACUAUCAGCAUCCGACGUUGCCGCACAAAUUUAUCAGCUGUUCAGCCCAUAGCUCAGAGGCGAUACUCCUCGAUUGUCCCGGUGGUCAGGUUUUCAGUGUAUCGCGGCGUCUGUGUGUGCCGGGCACGCAGGUGCCCACACACGAUCGCUGUGACUAUCAUUCAGAGCAAGCAGUGUCCUCCUAUGGUUGGAUAGAUCUGCGUCAUGACGCUCGCGAGCCGAAGGCGUAUGUCCAACCGAUUUACGGUGCUGCCGAUCAGUACGGCAGUGGUUCGGGCAUUAAGACGACCGUUGUCAGAGGCGGAAGUCGCUGGAGUGACAUGAAUAUGGAACGUCCGUCGGGUAUUGACUUUGGGCAGGACACACAGCAGACACUCGCCAACGGCUGGUCUGGCCAGGGGAGCUCCUACAAUCGACAGGCGCCUACACAGAGCGUGCUCUAUGUGGAGGGUUCACUGCAGCCGAAUCGUAAUUAUCAACCGACUACCACAAAUUCAAUAUAUAAAACGCCACUGGCGCCCAUGGAGCCCACCACAAGCAAUGUUUACUAUGCCCAGCCCGUGGAGACUGCGCACUCGUCACGUCAGAAUUUCAGUCGCUCCCAGACAAAUGACUGGCAUACGGCACCAUACAACCCUCAAAGAAGCUACCCCGCGGCUAGUCUAGCGGGACAGCAGCCCUUAGAUCUUGACUACCAGCCCGAUAGACAUGCUGAAGAGCCACGUCUCACUUAUCCUAGGGAUCAGCUGCCAAGCGGAUCGCAUCAACAGCCUCGCGAGCAUUUCCGUCCUCCUUAUCCCUCUGUGCCCGCUAAUCAUAAUCCUACUUUUCAUGGUCAGUCUUAUCCGCCAGCGGUUGAAUCGAAUUUGUAUGGUGGUCUGCAACCGCCUACACCUCCAGCUCAGCCCUCUGGCUUUACUCCAAUUCGCCCACAACCCAAUCCUCCUGCCCGUACACUACCAGGACAGAGACCACUAGACCUGGACGACUAUAAUCCCGAUGUGGAUACCCAAGCAACUGUAGAUCAGCCUUAUCCUACUUUCCGUCAAGCUCCUCCUCCCGUUCCCUCUGUGCCUGCCAAUCACAGUCCCACCUAUCGUGGUCAGCCCCAUCCUGAGGCUAAUGAAUCCAAUUUGUAUGGUGGAUUGCAGCCACCCUCCCGCCCAUCUCUGCCCGAGACAACAACGACAAUUCCCAUCACCAGCUCUACGCCUUCAAAUCUCCGCACAUUCCCGAUUUAUCCACCUGUGUUCAAUGCCACACCUGCUAAUCCAGCCAAUCACCCACACUAUAGUCCGCCCUAUGCGGGAGUUGCGCAUUCGCAGAAUGCUUCCUGGAGCAAGGUGCCACCACGUGCCCGCGAACCUGAUCCUUUUAUCGACGGGGGAGAUUAUGAUGAAGCAGAUUACGGUGAUUCGGAGACCACGACCACCACAGAGAGAAUCGGCUUGAGGCCACCGCCCUUCAACCAUCAGUUUUACAAUCCACCACGAGGUGCUGCUCCCGCAGCAGAAACUCCCUCGAAGGUAGCGCUCGGUGAGGCGUUGCGUUUGAUGCUGCGCCCCUAUUUCAAUCACAGCGGCAAUGCGCAGGAAGCACUCGCUGAGCGGGCUGAAUCCGCCAUUGCGUCCGCUAUUGCCAAGCCACCGACUAGCACGACUCCCAACCCUACUACGACCACGACGAGCAAAGACCCGCAUCGGGGCAGACAGACGCCGGACGAUGAGGUUGAACUGAUUGUGGCGGGCGAACAGGAAAGCUUGGACAUUGCUGACGAUGACUCUGUUGUUCCAGAUGCGGGUGAAACGGCGCGCACUGAGCAAACCCUAAAUCCGACGACUUACGCAUCCGGCUAUGACACGACUGACUUCCAACGGGGCACACGUAGAGUGGAUACCGACACCAGUACGAAAUCCUAUCCAAAUUCAAAUUCCAACAACUGGCACACAUGGGGUCACAGUCGUGACUUCCACAAGCGUCAUCCAAAUAUGCCCGAUCCGUUUGAUAAGCCAGACGAUCAGCAUCAACCCAAACAACACCACCAACACCAACACCACCCCCACCAACACCUGCACCACCACCAUCAUCCCCACGAGCACAGCCGCCUUUACCAUAGCAGCCAUCCCAAUGUACCCAAUCCCUUUCCCACCAAAACUGAGGAGCAACCACAACAGCCAGAGCCGCAGCCAGACUUUGAGGAAGAGCCGGACUUUCUGCCCAAUCCAAAUGCGGAAGCCACCACGCCACGUAGCCCACAAAUCAGUGUUCGCGGUAAUUUUGAUGAGCCCUGCGAGUUUGAUUGCGGCGGUGGCAAGUGUGUAAAGAAAAUGGAAGUCUGCGAUGGCGUCAACAACUGUGGCAAUCGGCGGGAUGAGCAACAGUGUGAUCAUCUGGGCUAUCAGGUGCGCCUGACGGGCGGCGAGAGUCCGCACAUGGGACGCAUUGAGGUCAAGGUCAAUGGCCAGUGGGGCUACGUUUGCGAUGAUAAGUUUGGAUUGCGUGAUGCGGAUGUUGUCUGCCGAGAGCUGGGAUUUAAGAUGGGCGCAGCUGAGGUGCGUGGCAACUCCUACUAUGAGCCACCCGGGCGGAACUUCAACUAUGCCAUGGAUGAGCUCGAGUGUCGGGGCAAUGAGACACAGCUAAAGGAUUGCAACUUCAAGGGCUGGGGUGUGCACAACUGUGGCGUUGAUGAGGUGGUGGGCGUGGUCUGCAAGGUGCCCGUGCUGAAGUGUCCCAACAAUUUCUGGCUGUGUCAGACCUCAAAGGAGUGCAUACCGCCCGCUUUUGUCUGCGACCACACCGAGGAUUGUGCGGACAAGUCGGACGAGAGCGAUGCCGUUUGCAAGGCGCCCAUUGAGUACCGUCUGGAGGGCGGACGCAGCCCGAUCGAGGGUCGCCUGGAGGUCAAGUAUCACGGCGUUUGGGGCACCGUUUGCGAUGAUGAUUUCAAUCUAAAAUCUGCGCAGGUGGCCUGCAAUAAUCUGGGCUACUAUGGAGCAGCUAAAAUUGAAAAGAACAUUUUCGGUCCGGGCAGUGGACCCAUCUGGCUGGAUCAGGUUCUAUGCCAGGGCAACGAGACGAGCAUUGACAUGUGCCGACACUGGAACUGGGGCGAGCACAACUGCAAUCACACCGAGGAUGUGGGUCUGCGCUGCACCGCCGGACCGCCGCCGCGCCAGUCACGGCAACGCACUCGUCUACAGGCCUUGGACAAGGACAGCCCGGUUGGCCAAUCGGCCCGAGUUAGUCUCUCCGACAUUGGGCUCUGGGAGAGAUCGAGCAAGGCAUUGCGCACACCGCGACGCUGUGGCAUCUUCAAGGACGACCUGACCGAUGAGUUUGCGCAUCCGGAACAGCGUGUGGUGCAGGGCAGCGUGGCUCGCCGUGGCCGUCAUCCGUGGCAGGCCACGAUACGCACGCGUGGACGCGGCGGCAUCUCUAGCCACUGGUGCGGAGCUGUCGUCAUCUCCAAGCGGCAUCUGCUUACCGCCGCCCACUGCCUCUACGGGCAUCCGAAGGGCGCCUAUUUUGUGCGCGUCGGCGAUCACUAUGCCAACAUUGCGGAGCACUCGGAGGUGGAUGUGUUCAUCGAGAACUGGUACACACACGAGCAAUUCCGGCAGCCCACACACAUGAACAACGACAUUGCCGUCGUGGUGCUCAAGACACCGCUUAAGUUCAGCGACUACGUGCAGCCAAUUUGUUUGCCGGAGCGUGGUGCACCGCUGGUCGAGAAUCGCACUUGCACCAUCUCCGGCUGGGGCUCCAUCAAAUCAGGCAUGUCCACUCCCUCCCAGGAACUGAGAGCUGCCCAGCUGCCUAUUUUGCCGGAUGCGACGUGCAAGCAAAUGAAUGUCUACGGCGAUGCCAUGACCGAAGGCAUGUUCUGCGCCGGCUCCAUGGACGAAAGCGUCGAUGCCUGCGAGGGGGACUCUGGCGGCCCGCUCGUCUGCUCAGAUGAGGAUGGCGAAACACUCUAUGGCAUCAUAUCCUGGGGACAGCACUGCGGCUAUCAGAACCGACCUGGCGUCUAUGUGCGCGUCUGUCACUAUAUCGAUUGGAUCUAUGAGAAGAUCAACCAGAGUUUGCUGCGCUUUUGAAUGAAUCACAAGCUUUAUAAAUUUAGGCCCCAUCUCUGCCACAAGCUACUUAUAUUUAUGGCAGCACCUGCAUGUAGGCUAUAAAAAUUGUGCGAUUUUUUUUUAUAUUUUUAUCCAAGGUGUGGGGCAGGGGGCAGGCACGUAGAUUAAGCACAUAAUCAAUGCUAAUAAAGCGCACAACAAUAACAACGAAAA